ACAAAGUCUGCAGCGUGGUUUCCACACUUCCUAAAGUUUGUUCAUUUUACUCCCAUGGAUACCUAAUUCCAUUUCUCUCUAUCUCUCUAGGUCAAAUAUGUCAGCUUCUCGAUUGAUUUCAAUCUUCGGAGUUUCAAUCAUCCGUAACCAUGUCUUCUCAUCGCCACCACUCCCUCCAAUCCAAUUCCGCAGACCCUUAUCUUAUCCCAUACUUACUUUCCGCGGUUAUUCUUCAGCUUCUUCCACUUCAACUGAUACCAAUGAUAAUACUGAGGGAAUUUCAUCCUUGUCACAUCCAUGGCCCGAAUGGGUUGCCUUUGUUGACCGCCUGAAGGCCAAAGGGUAUUUGUCUGGGACGCCUAAUCCUGUACAGGAGGAAAUCGAUGAAGAUGUUGAAGCUGGAGGUAUUUCGAACCGUGAUGGGAAUGUUUAUGUCAAUAUGCAUGUCUUGAAGCACGCUUGUAUGAAUUUUGCUAGAGAUCGAUUUGACAUUUUCAAGUCGUUGCCCCGGGAAGAUAUUCAGACACUUCUAGAGGUUGGAUGUCCUAAUCUUUUAAGAAAAGCUGUUAAUUCAGCUAAAAGGUUGAGAGCAUAUGUGCAACUUGAUGAAGGAGAUGUAUGUGGUGCUUGCAAUUUGCGAGGAUCGUGUGAUAGAGCCUACACAGUUAUAGAAGAGUCUGAAGGAUCAGCCCGCACAGUGGAUCUUGUACGUAUUUUGUUGUUUUAUGCAUUGGACAAACUUGUCAUUUCUGAUGGGGAACAACAGCCCCCUGGAAGGGCUCUAGUUGAAUCUUCUGCACGAAAUUUGCUUGAGAACAUGAUUACUCUGAGUGAGACACCCAUUGACCCAACAAUUACAAAACCUUCUUUACAAGCUCCCCGUAAGAAGGAGAAUAUUGGACAGGACAAACUCUCUGCUGAUGUUGAAAUGAAGAGAGGAGAUUGGAUGUGUCCAAAAUGCAACUUUCUGAACUUUGCGAGGAAUGUACGAUGCCUUAAAUGCCAUGAAGAUGGACCGAAGCAAGUUAGUGUUGUGGAUGGGUUUGAAAUGAAGAAAGGAGAUUGGAUGUGUUCUGAAUGCGAUUUCGUAAACUUCGCCAGAAAUAUAAAGUGCCUGAAAUGCAGAGCACCGGGUCCUAUAAAGGUUGACCACCCAAAAGAUGUUGAAAUGAAGAAGGGUGACUGGAAUUGCCUAGAGUGUGGGUUCAUGAACUUUGCUAGCAACAGAAAAUGUUUGCGAUGUCGAGGGUCACGCCCGAAGAGACAACUCAAUCCUGGAGAGUGGGAAUGUCCAUCAUGUGAUUUCUUGAAUUACAAAAGGAACACUGUCUGCCUUAAAUGCAAUUGCGAACCCCCCAAAAGUGAUCCUACUCACUAUGAAGAGCAGUUGUGGGUUCGUCCUAAUUAAAGGGUAUAUCUUUUCUAGUAGUACACUACCUACUUCUUUUGUUUUGCAAACAUAUAAAUAAUACCCGUAAUCACGUGUCAUUCAGAUAUGUACUGGAAGUUGUCGAAAGAAAAUCCAAAUUUUCUAGUUUUGGUUUUUCGGUAUGGGAUCAAUUGCUUCUACCUGCGUGUUAGAAAUUCAAUUUUGUUAGAGAUUAUGGACCAUUUCCAAUUUGCAAAUCUUGUGUAUUGGAAAUUAUUCUUGUAAUAGAGGUAUGUGUAGUAAUAGUUGUGUAAGGACUUGUCAUCUGUAACUUUUCAGUUAACAAUGGGCAUAUUUUGAAAUUGGUUUUUUGAAUAAUGAUUAGAAUAUUUAUAAA